AUGGAAUUUAUUAAGGAAGGAUUAAAUGCAAAAUAACAAAAACAUGGGCUUGGAGUAUACUUAUGGGAUGUUGGUUCUGCUUAUUAUGGAGAGUGGAAAAACGAUUUGAUUGACGGAUAGGGAAUCUUGUUCUUAGGUGGCUAGAUCAUCAUCUAAGGUGGUUUCAAGAGGGGAGUUGCCCAUGGAUACAUUGUGAUAAAGGUUGGCACAAGAGUGUUUUAUAGUUAAUUCGACAAAGGAGAGGCUAUGUUCAUUUAGGAAGGAGAAAGAAAGAUCACAAUACAAUCAUCGAGUGCUCAGAUAACCCAUGACUGCACUCAAGAGGCUGAUCGUAUAUUGCAGGGCAUAAGUAAACUGCAGUAAGGGGACUUACAAAUAUAGUUAUUUAAUCAUUGUAUCUACUACGGAAAUGUAGGGAAGGCAAAUUUACCAAAUGGUUUGGGAAUAGAGAUUUCAAAUUUAUUCUAUCAAUGUGGAUAGUUUGUGGAAGGGAAAUUAAAUGGAUUGGGUCGAUUAGAUUAGCAAGAUGAGAUUUAUCAAGGCUAGUUCCAAUAAGGCGUGUAUCAUGGGAAUGGGUUGAUGAUAUUCCAAGAUCAGCGAAUUCAAUGGGUGAAAGGCAAAUAUAAUCAGGGACAGUUGGUGGAAAUCAAGAGCAGCGGAUAUUUGGAUUAAAUGGAAACUCCGCAAGAAUUAGUGUUUAAUUUCUCUAAGAAAGCUAAUUAGUAAUACAUAAUAACUCCUAUAUCGAAGGAGAUAAUAUUGGGAUACAUAAGGUUAUUUGAGGUGAUGCAAUUCGUUAGACUACGGGUAAAUACAUUAACUGAAAUCAAAUCCUAAUAAUACCCUUCUUUAAGAAAAUACAGCACCAAAACAAAUACUCUAAGCAAAUCAGUCGAGGAAAUCAGGAAAUUAUAAAGUUAAUUUAAUACAAGAAAUCUUGAUUAACAACAUUAGAUUUAUGAGUUCAUAUUAGAUUAACAUGAUGAGAAUUAGACUUAAAGAAAAACUGAUACUUAGUAAUCAAGAACUAAAACUUAACCAACUGAGGAUUUUUUUGAAAACAAGAUUUCAUUUGGCUUAUUAGAGAUUCCAAGUCUAAAGAAUUCUAGAAAAACAGCAGCCUUCCAAGAGGAAUAACAAUAAUACAUGAAGAGGAAUAGUGAUUAUAAUUAGAAACGAUCAUUAUCUUAAAAUGAAGUUAAAUCAACCUAACAAUAGUAAUAAUAAUAAUAAUAAUAAUAAUAAUAUUAGUAAUAAUAAUAAUAAUAAUAAUAAUAAACUAAUGAUCGUAUGUUAACAUUAAAAAAUAUUUUGGAAGCUUAAAAAUAAAAAUAUCAUUCCGAUUCUAAAUAAAAGAAGACAGUAUUUGCUGAUAUCUAAUCUACAACUGCAUAGAGAACUAAAUCAAUUAUACAAUAAAAUAAUAAAAAUCUUCAAUGUUUGAGUGAAGUUGUUUAAAAAGAGUUAAAUAGAUCUCCUCCUAGUGAAGAAAGAAGAUCUACUAUAAAGCCUAUUUAUGUUUAGAAUGAAGAAAAUGAAUAACAAUAAUUAAGUUCUCAAAAAACCCUGCCAAGCAAAUUCAAUGUAGAUUAUAAUACUGCUUAUAAUGAUCAUAAAAAUAAGAUACACAGUUUACUUAAUAAAUUCAAUAGCAUAAAAAUUAAGCCUAACAUAAGAUAAGAAUCAUAAAACUAAGGAUUCUCAACCAAAUCACUAAGUUCAAAGUAAUCUAUACAAAAAGUACAGGAUGGAAAUGAUGUACCAUUAGGAAACAUAUAAAACUACAUCUCUUUAGUUUCUCAUUAAAAUAAUGUGAUUGAAAAGAAUUUGCAAACUUCUUUUGAAAAAUAAUAAUAAAAAAAAAUGGAUGACUCAAACUACCAUUCAUGUAAUGGUAAUUGCACUCAAAUUUAAUCAGAAGAUCCAAAUACUAAGUAUAUCUAAGAAAUUAGAUAAGAGUUGGCAGAAUAAAAAUAAAUGCUAACUUAACUGUUCUAAUCUCUCUAAUAGAAACAACCACAAGUUAAUAAAUAAUAUGUGAAGAGAUUACCUAAUACUCCUCAAAGGAAUAUUCAAAUGCAAUAACAACCAAAAUAAGUUUAUGUUUAUCCAACAUUCACACUUGUUAAAUCAGUCUCUCCAGUGAGACUUUGA